GCCACGUGCCCCCACUGUCACCGUCCAGACCCAAUUUUCCGUCCAAGUUCAUUUUCCCGGAAAAUCUUCUUGGAAGAUUCCCCUGUUUUUUCCUUGCAAUUGGGCACUGUAAAAAGGGAUUUUUUUUUUUUUAUUUUCAGUGUGGAGCAUCUGGGAAAAAAUGGCAGCACCAACGCCGAUUCACAAAACUGAAGAGGAAUGGAAGGUCAUUCUCUCCCCCGAGCAGUUUCGGAUCCUUCGCCAGAAAGGAACUGAAUUGAAGGGUACAGGAGAAUAUAACAAGUUUUUUGAAGAAGGAAUUUACAACUGUGCUGGCUGUGGGACUCCUCUUUACAAGUCUUCAACCAAGUUUGAUUCUGGUUGUGGUUGGCCUGCUUUCUUUGAGGGUUUUCCCGGCGCCAUCAAUCGAACCCCUGACCCAGAUGGGAGGAGGACUGAGAUAACCUGUGCAGCCUGUGGUGGGCACUUGGGUCAUGUUUUCAAAGGAGAGGGAUUCAAGACCCCAACUGAUGAACGCCAUUGCGUCAAUAGUAUUUCUGUCAAAUUUGUUCCGGGAAGUGCUACUUUUUCAAUAUGAAACCUUACUUGCUCUAUUGGAGGUGUCUAUUGAAAGAUUGUCUUGUUUGUGGUCUUUUACAGACAGCUAGCUAGCUAGCUCUCAAGAAUAAAAUCGUUUUCUUGUUUAGUCUUUUGCAA